AUGGCCCAACAGAAAAUCUUCAUCACCGGAGCUACGGGUUUCAUUGGCCGCGUGGUCACGGAAAUUGCUGUGAAAGAAGGCUACAUUGUUCGCGGCCUCUCUCGCCGCGAGGAAGGUGAUGCUCUUCUGCAGUCUCUAGGCGCUACUCCCGUCCGGGGAGACCUGGCCACCCUAGACGUCCUUUCCCAUGAGAGCAAAGAGGCUGACAUGGUAUUCCACCUCGCUUUUGAUCACGACUUUUCGAAGCCCUACGAGCAGAUCCUGAAUCUCGACGUCGCAGCAGUGAACGCCCUUGCCGAACCCCUUGUGGGAACCGAUAAACCUUUGGUGACCACCGGUGGCACCGCUAUGGUUGCCCCAGACGCAAGUGGAGGCGAAACAGACGAGAUAAGUCCUUUGGCCGAAAACCGAGUGAUUUCGCGUCAUUUGGCCGAGGCGAACUCUCUCUCUUGGGCCCAGAAAGGAGUCCGCGUUACUUCUAUCCGACUCCCGCAGUAUGUCUAUGGACGUGGGACGACCAGUGGAUUCACUGCGCUUCUUAUCAAACUGGCGGCUCAGUUCGGCGAAUCUGUUUACAUCGGCGAUGGCGAAUACUGCUGUUCAAAUGUGCAUGUUGACGACGCGGCUCGACUAUACUUUGCAGUAGCCACCAAGGCAAAGGCUGGAGAGAUCUUCAAUGGAACGGCCCGGACAGAUACAACCUACAAAGCAAUGGCAACUGCAAUUGGAGCUUCAGUGCAGGUGCCUGUUAAGUCCAUCACGGCUGAGGAGGCAGCAAACAGGUGGGGGUCCUUCCUAGCUGGAUUUGUCGGCAUUACAAAUCGAGCAUCAAACAGAAAGGCAGUUGAGCAGCUGGGAUGGAAGCCUGUGGGACCCGACUUCUUGUCUGAAAUCCAGUCAGGGAGCUACGUGACUGUGGCGGAGAAGUUCAAGAAGGAUCAUGCAAAUGGCUUGUUGUGA